AUGGAGCCCACAAUAAGGUUCUCGCGGUCGCUCAAAUCAUCCACUCAAUCUCUCCCCAGUCCAGAUGGCGCAUACAUUGCGACGAUUCUCACAUCUAAGCUCAGUAUUCGAGCGACGCGCUCUCUGGAGGUAACACGCGUUAUAUCACUUCCACCCGAGCUAGCAUCGUCCGUAUCUUGGUUUCUGUGGUCUGCGUCGUCAAGUCGAAUACUUCUAGCUUCUGCGGACAGCAUCCGGGUUUACUCGACGACAAAUUCUCAAUUCUCUGCUACCAUCUCUAAUCCGACAUCAGGCACCACCAAGAUUGCGUAUGUAUUGUUCGGGGCGGAUCAUGACGAAAUAUGUAUCUUCUCGGACUUUGGACUGAAACUGUCUAUCUGCAAUCUCCUUACGUCGAAAUCGGUAGAGAUCAACUCGCCGAAAUUCUACAGUCAAGGAGUCGCUGGGAGAGGGCUGGCAUAUCGACCAGGUGCCGGGAACUUGGCUCUGUUGACAAGAACAGGAGGGAAGGACAUUAUAAGCAUACAUUCACGAGAUACCCUGGACGUUAAGAGGUCGUGGUGGCCGGAUACCGCUGACGCACAAGGAAUACAAUGGAGCGCUGAAGGUAGGUUCCUGGCUGUGUGGGAAUCUGCGUCUCAAGGACACCGAUUGCUGGUGUAUACUGCGGAUGGUCAUUUGUUCAAGGCUUGGAAUGGUCCCAUACCCACAUCAGAGGAAGAUAGUGAUCUCACGCUGGGGGCUGGAAUUAAGCUUUUCGACUGGAGCAAGAAUGGGCUGCACAUGGCUGUUGGAGACUUUACCGACAAAGUGACAGUCUUGUCUGCGCCGUCAUUCUCGGAAAGCAUGAGCGUUGUUCAUACUACAGCUGUUAAACCUACUGAAUCCCUCCAGAUCUGGCAAGAGCAGAUAAGCCCGGCUCCCAAUGGCACUUUAAUUCGGGAGUUUAUACCAGCAAACCAGACAAUAUGCCCACCAACAGCAGGAGCCCCUAUUACGAACAAUGCCGAUCCUAAGACUGGCACAAACUUCAUGUCAUUUGACAACUCCGGCACCCUUCUUGCAACCAGGAUUGAGAAUUUGCCAACAACUAUCUGGAUCUGGGACAUUGGGACUCGCAUACUUCGAGCGGUAAUGAUCAUGCAUGCGCCUAUCGCCAAAGUAACGUGGCACCCCUCAAUCAACGAAGUGCUUAUGAUCAGGUGUGAGGGCGAUGAGUCCCGAGGGCUGGUACACAUAUGGGAGCCUUCAUGGGACCGACCAAGGAUUGUCGACUUCCAAUCCCAAAUACCUGGUGGGAAGCUGCUGGGGAGAACGAUAUGUCGCUGGCUGAAUGUCAACUCUCCAAGUCCGGCCAUUUUUUUCAGCGAUUCUCAGGAUUACAUUUUGGCCUCUAUCCCAAGUUCAGAUGACGACGAGGUUCCGUGGCAGGAGGCUGAGUUGCAGGGUUCGGAAGCUUAUGGUCAGCGCGAGGAGAGCCCAUUAAAUCUUAUACCAGCCGACGAGAAGAGAGGCCACGUCACUAUUGAGGAUCUCAUGGAGGACGAAGGAAUAACGGCAAUGAGCGGUGGAAGUGACGAGAUGGAAGACACAUUUCGGUUCCGAAAGUUCGUGGAGCCUACUGGAAACAGGUGA